GAAAGAUCACCCCAAUCCAGCUCUAAACCGGUGAAUCCAAGAUGAGACCUCUCACAGAAGAAGAAACCAAGGUUGUGUUUGAGAAACUGGCCUCAUACAUUGGCAGAAACAUCGCGUAUCUCGUGGAUAACAAGGAGGAUCCCCAUGUCUUCAGACUGCAAAAGGACCGAGUAUACUAUGUCAGUGAUAAAGUUGCCAAAUUCGCCACCUCUGUUGAACGAGCCAAGCUGAUGUCGCUUGGAAUCUGUCUCGGUAAGUUCACCAAGUCAGGGAAAUUCAAGAUCCACGUGACUGCGGUGCCGGUGUUGUCCAAAUACGCUAAGUACAAGAUUUGGAUCAAGCAGAAUGGUGAGAUGCCUUUCUUGUACGGUAACCAUGUGCUCAAGGCCCACGUUGGUAGAAUGUCAGACGAUAUCCCGGAGCAUGCUGGUGUGAUAGUGUAUUCGAUGUCGGAUGUGCCAUUGGGAUUCGGUGUCAGUGCAAAGAGUGCGGUUGAGUCUAGAAACCUGCAACCAACUGCCAUCGUGGCAUUCAGACAAGCCGAUAUCGGUGAGUACUUGAGAGAGGAGGACACGCUCUUCACAUAGGGCAUGUGUGUGCUAUGAGAUUAUAGUUAGUUCUGUAU